AUGCCCCACUACUCCAAACUUUUGAAAGAUCUUUUGAGUUGGAGAAGGGAGUAUGAAACCGUGAACCUGACCGCCAAUUGUAGUGCCAUUCUUUCCAACAAACUUCCCACCAAAUUAAAAGAUCCAAGUAGUUUCUCCAUCCCUUGUUCCAUUAAUGGUGUUGAGUUUGAUAAAGCUUUGUGUGAUUUAGGAGAGAGUGUAAGCCUCAUGCCCUAUUCCGUCUACCAAAAGCUUAGUGAAGGAACCCUCUCCCCCACAAAUGUUACUCUUCAACUAGCGGACCAAUCUACUAAGUUUCCCAUGGGUAAGGUUGAGGACAUUCCCCUUAGGGUAGGAAAGCUCACGUUUCCCGUGGACUUUUAUGUGCUAGAGAUGGAUGAGGAUAAGAGGAUUCCUAUAAUUUUGAGCAGACCAUUCCUAGCUACCUCUAGAGCAAUCAUUCAUGUGAAAGAGGGCAAGAUGACCCUAAAAAUUGACAAUGACUCCAUUAAAUUUAACCUGAGCAAUGUCAUGCAAUAA